AAAACAUCGAUAUCGUCCUAGGAAUGGCGAAUGUACCGAGUGUGGUUUAUGUGCUUUUAAUACAUGUAUUUGUCACAGGAACUGUGUUAUCUAAUAAAAGUAAAAAUGUCCUAAUACUAUUGGCGGACGAUGGUGGGUUCGAACUGGGAGUGUACGGUAACAAAAUUUGUCAGACGCCAAACAUCGAUGCUUUAGCGCGGCGCAGCGUCAUCUUCAACAACGCGUUCACCUCUGUCAGCAGCUGCUCGCCCAGUCGCGCAGCACUAUUAACUGGGCAACCGAGCCACCGCAAUGGCAUGUAUGGGCUACACCACGGCAUCCACCACUUCAGCUCUUUUGACAACGUCACCAGUUUACCGAAUCUACUGAGGGAUCAUGGAAUUUUCAGUGGGAUUAUCGGCAAGAAGCACGUGGGGCCGGGGAGCGUGUACCGGUUCGACUACGAGCAGACCGAGGAGAACAACCACAUCAACCAGGUCGGCCGCAACAUCACUCACAUGAAGCUGCUGGCCCGGGAGUUCCUCAAGCAAGCCAAUGACAAGAACACGCCAUUCUUCCUAUACGUGGGUUUCCACGACCCGCACCGGUGCGGGCACAGCGAGCCGCAGCUGGGCGCGUUCUGCGAGCGCUUCGGGUCGGGCGAGCCGGGCGCCGGGCUCAUCGCCGACUGGACGCCCUGGUACUACCAGUGGGACGAGGUGCAGCUGCCCUACCACGUGCAGGACACAGAAGCGGCUCGGCGAGAUAUAGCAGCGCAGUAUACCACAAUGUCGCGACUCGAUCAGGGAGUAGCCCUGAUCCUCAAAGAGCUGGAAGCAGCGGGUCACGCGGACGACACGCUGGUAAUCUACACGUCAGACAAUGGCAUCCCGUUCCCAUCCGGCCGCACCAACUUCUACGACCCUGGCGUGCGGGAGCCGCUGCUCAUCUCCUCGCCAGAAACUGGUACCAGGAAGAAUCAGGUGUCGUACACCAUGGUCAGCUUGCUGGACAUCUUCCCCACCGUGCUGGACUGGUUCGGCGUGCCCUGGGAUGAGGAUAGCAGUAACGAUAUCUGGCAUGAUGAUAAACCCAAGAGCCUGCUUCCCAUUUUGGAAAAAGAGCCGCCGGCGUCGUCGAGCGAGGCGGUGUUCCUGUCGCAGACGCACCACGAGGUGACGAUGUACUUCCCGAUGCGCGCGGUGCGCACGCGCACGCACAAGCUGCUGCACAACCUCAACUUCGCCAUGCCCUUCCCCAUCGACCAGGACCUUUACGUCUCGCCCACCUUCCAGGACAUCCUGAACCGCACGCGCAGCAAGCAGCCGCUGGCGUGGUACAAGACGCUGAAGCAGCACUACUACCGGCCGCAGUGGGAGCUGUUCGACCUGCACGCCGACCCCGAGGAGCUGCACAACCUGCACGGCAAGCCGUCGGUGGCGGAGCUGGAGCGCACGCUCCGCGAACGCUUGCACAACUGGCAGCGCGACACGCGCGACCCGUGGCUGUGCUCGCCCGACGCCGUGCUCGAGCGGGCAGCGACCGGGCAGCGCGCGGGCAGCGCCCAGCCCGCGGGCAGCGCCCAGCCCGCGGGCAGCGGCGGCCCAGACAGCGCCGUCUGCCGCGCACUCGACAACGGACUCAUGCACUAUCACCCCCAUUCAUAGAAUUGAAUUUAAAUUUCCUCAAGUUGUUGUAUAGAUUUCAAGUAUAAGAUGUAUUAUUUAGGAAUUAAGACUUCUGCUCAAAGACAUGUUAAAUUUGUUUCUAUGUAGGAAUAUUGUAUGGUGCACAAAUCUCGAGCAUAAAUUUUGACAACCCUAUUAAAUGAUUAACAAGAUUAAGGUUGACAAAAGUUUUUGGGGUCUUCAAAUUAAUAUCAUUAACGUAUUCAUAAUAUUGACUGUACCAUUAUUAUCAAUAGGCUGGCAUACAACCGGUCUAUUGCGAGUAAAGGCACUGUAGGGAUGUUAGCUGUUAACACAACGAGAUGAAUUGAAUGUUAUUAUGCCUCACGUUCUAAACCCUACCUCGCCUUGAAUUUUAUUUGAUUCGAUACCGAAUUUAUCGGUACCUGAAAUAUUUAUAUUAUGAGACUAUAAUAUAACUAUAGGUAUUUAAAGAUUCGUUUAUGUAGGGUUAUUAAACGUACAUCGUGUUAACAAAAUAGAAAUAAUAAUAAUGAAAUUUUGAUCUCUUAAUUCUUUUAGCAUUAAGGAAAUAUUUUAAGAUGGAACUAAAUCUCAGUUAAGACUUAUCGUGUUAUUUAUGUACUUAUAGAAAAUCAAACACACUUUUAUAUGCAGUAACUGUAUAAACAUUUUAUUGUGAUAAAUAGAUUUAUAAUAAAGAACAAAAAAUAGGGCUACGCAAUUUUUAUCUUUACAUGCGAAACGUAUUUAUGAUGCAUAUAAUCUGUUGUAUUUUCAUACAUUUCAUUGUUUUUAUAUUACUUGUGGCUGUCGAGCCUUAUAUUGUAAUUCAUUACGUUUAAAAUCUCGCUCUCGUGAAGUGCUAUAUAACUUAUGUUUAUUUACUUUAUCUUUUUCUUGUUUUGGUUAUUCAUCACAGAAUAGCGGGCGAUAUUAUUGAAUUCUCCAUUUCAUGCGAAUUUAUUUAUAUUACUUAUAUUGAAUUUGCGAAGAUUACUAUAAAGAUUGUUGUUAGUUGAUUUUCAAAUUUUAAAAUCAAAAUACUUAACAUUGUAUUGUUAUCACUUUUUAUCACGGAAUGAGUAUUAAGUUUUAAAAUUAAAACAAAUUC